AGGCGGCCAUCUUGAAUCAGCUGUUGGCAACAAAUAUGGCUAUCAGAUUGUGACGUUUUGGGUCCUAUGCUGUAAAACAUCACCACUGCGCUCCUCUGACAAUGACAUUGUUAAUUAAAGGGACAUAAUUUAAAUCUUUAAUAUGUGUUCAUUGUAUUAUAGGCGUUUUUGGUUCAUUGUGAGUGCGUCAUGGUUUAUUUUGAGUGUAUAUGGGACGAGUUCGCCUUUAAUGUCUGAAGAAGAGAGGCUCAACCUUAAAGAGGAGGCAAAGGAGAUGUUUUACCAUGCAUACACUGCUUACAUGGACAAUGCAUACCCAGCUGAUGAGCUGAUGCCUCUCAGUUGCAAACCAAGAUGGAGAGAGGUGGAGCAAUCGAGAGGGGACAUAGAUGAGUCUUUAGGGAAUUUCUCAUUGACACUGGUGGAUGCUUUGGAUACAUUGGUUGUGAUGGGGGAUAUUGAAGAGUUUGAUCACGCUCUACGCCUGGUAGUCAGAGAUGUUUCCUUUGAUAACGACGUAGUGGUGUCAGUUUUUGAGACAAAUAUACGUAUGGUUGGAGGGUUGAUAUCUGGUCAUGUGAUGGCUGAACAUCUAAACCAGCUCUAUGGGGCCUUAGGGUGGUACCGAGGAGAGUUGCUGACCAUGGCCCAAGAUUUAGCCUCAAGACUUCUACCUGCCUUUAACACCACAACAGGGAUUCCACAUGCUAAGGUUAAUUUAAAGUAUGGUAUGAAGUCUCCAAAACUGCAGAGCUCCAGAGAUACUUGUACAGCAUGUGCUGGAACUAUUAUUUUAGAGUUUGCAGCCCUAUCUCGAUUAACAGGUGACUCCAUCUUUGAAGAAAAAGCUCGUCAGGCUAUGGAUUGUUUAUGGAGCCAGAGGCACCGGGGAAGCGACCUUGUAGGAACAGUCUUAAAUGUGCAUUCAGGUGAUUGGGUGCGACGGGACUCUGGUGUUGGAGCUGGUAUAGAUUCUUACUAUGAGUAUCUACUAAAGGCCUAUGUAUUAUUAGGCGAUGAAGACUACUUGGAGAGGUUUAAUAAGCAUUACAGUGCAGUAAUGAAGUACAUUAGUCAAGGUCCAAUGUUGCUAGAUGUCCAUAUGCACCGUCCCCACACCACUUCCCGCAACUUUAUGGAUGCUCUCCUUGCUUUCUGGCCUGGACUUCAGGUUUUAAAGGGAGACAUCAAGCCAGCCAUUGAGACCCAUGAAAUGUUAUAUCAAGUUAUUCAGCGUCAUAAUUUCUUACCCGAGGCAUUUACUACAGACUUCCAGGUUCACUGGGGCCAACACCCAUUAAGACCGGAAUUCCUAGAAUCCACAUACCUUCUAUAUCUGGCCACAGACGACCCAUACUAUUUGAGAGUUGGGGAACAAGUACUUCGUUCACUACAAAAACAUGCUUGGGUACCCUGUGGCUAUGCUGCAGUAAAAGAUGUUCGGACAGGAGUACAUGAAGACAGAAUGGAUUCAUUUGUGCUGUCUGAGACCUUCAAGUACCUCUAUUUGCUCUUUGCUAAACCAAGUGACCUAAUAAUUGAUUUGGACCAAUUUAUUUUUACAACAGAAGCUCAUCUUCUACCUCUCUCUCUUGCUCGUCUUUCUAACCUGACAGUUGUGCCUGGUCCUGAUAACCAAGAUAGUGCUCAAGACAGUGAUGUGGAGUAUGCCCGCUCUUGUCCAAAUGCUCACUUUCUCUUCCCUGGUCGCCACGAAUUUGCUGAAACCAUAAGACGGCCCCUCAAAAACUUUGUUAAUAAUGUUUGCCCCUCACGCAAAACAUUACGGAGAAAGUUACGAGCGUCUGAGUUCCAAGCAGGAAAUAGCCGACAUAUGGGUCUACUGAGAGAUAUGGGCAUUACAAUUAUGGCUCUUCCAGAUGGUCGUGUCCAGUUAUUACAUACGUCUUCUAAUGCUAAGUCUUCAGAUGAUGCUGAAGAAGGACUGCUGUUCAUGCAAGAGAUGAUAGAAUUAAGCAAACUACAGCAGGAACAACCUGACAACCCUCCUCGUGUGGUGUCAUUUCUGCAUGUAGUAAAUGGCCAUUCUACAAGCACCAUUAUCCAGGCAGGCCCUGCACAAUUUGGGCUUGAUUUAAAAGGAGACGUUCAGGUAAACGGACCUGUGGUCAAAGCUGCUCCACUCAGAGCUUGUGAACAAUUGACCAAUGAAGGUGAAAUACAAGGGAAAAUUGUCAUCAUAGAACGAGGAGACUGCAUGUUUAUUGAGAAGGCUCGCAGGCUGGAAGCACUGGGUGCUAUUGGUGGUAUUGUGCUGGAUAAUACCCCAGGAACAUCUGCUAAAAGCUCACCAAUGUUUGCCAUGUCUGGUGAUGGGACAGAUGAUGUGAACAUCCCAUUGGUAUUCCUCUUCUCCGGUGAUGCCGAGGUCCUGCUUAGUGCUCUUCGUGAAGACUCUGCGCUUGAGGUUGUGCUAUCUGACUAUGCUGACAAAGAUGUUGGAAAGGGUUCAGUGGAAGAGAUGCAAGUAGAAGUAAAAGGAAUAGAAGAGGAAACACUAGCAACAGGCUUGGAAAAUGGAGGAUUACCUCAUGUCAUAUCCAUCAUUAACAACAGACAACAGGGAAGUGAAAGUUUGGCUGAUGACCUGGUAACAGUUGUAGAGGGACAACAGACAGUUCAUUCUAAGCUCCAUGAACAAGAGGAACAUUCAAAGCAUCAGGUUAUAUUGAAAGAGCUUGAAAAAGCCAAGACAGCCGAAGAAAUUCUUGUUGCAGCCGUUCGCUAUGUAAAUGUGCGGCAAGAGCAAGAAGUAGCUAAAGAUAACACACUUAGGACAGACUCUUCAGUUUCAAUUGUAACAGAAUUGCAAGGUCUACUGCUUAAGAAAACUGCCUCCGAUCCUAGCCUUCUGAAAUCUUUGCUCAGUGUUCACCUACGGGAGCUGAUGGCAGUUCUUCAGCAAGCCACACCAAGUCCGUCUGACUUGGAUGCUUCAUUACAUCAUCUGCUAAACCAAUUGUCAUCAUUAACUAUAAAGUCUUCGGCUUUAAAGGAUGAAUACAAGAAGGCUGCCUCAUUAGAGCAGUCAUUAAGUCAAGGGGUUUCACAAAAAGGUGACUUUAAUGAAAACAAGCUUGAUCAUAUCACUGAAAAAUUUCAAGAAAAGAUCAGAAAAAUCAAGAAAAAAUAUGGACUUAAUCCUGAACAUAUAGAAGGUAUGCCUCAAACCAAAGAUCUUAACAGGAAAGACGAAUUAUAAUAAAGCAAUAAUAUUUUGUGAAAGCCUUUAGGUUGGAACUGACAAUACAGAUAUAUAAAAAAGA